GGAGAUUACAGUCCAGACAAUGCGGAGUACUCACAGCUUUUCCGCGCCUCCGUAGCAGUUCAAAUGCUGUCAUGUUACGGCUCGUCGUAUUCCCCUGAAGCCAAUUCCCGUCUGUUGCGAGUUUCGAAUAUUAAUCGGCAAGGCGCGGAGUCCACGGGGGGUGUCUAAGCGAUGGAGUCGCAGGAGGGGCAGGAGGAGGGCAAAUCGACGGGCAAGAAGCACAAGGAUGGGAAGAAGAGCCAUCGGAAAGAGGCAAUGGAGGAGAUGCGGGGGGAUGUAGAGCGGUUGAAAGGCGAACUCCAACAGGCAGGGGAGCAGCUUGCAGAGGCAGAAAGGAGCAAGGCUGAUCUGUGGGUGAAGCAUGGAGUGCUUGAAAGGGAGAAGGUUGAUUUGGAGGGGCGAUUGGGGGAGAGUGAGAGGAAGAGCGUGGAGUUGGUUGGGAGGUUGGAGGAGUGUGAGAGGAGAGUGAGGGAGGAAGAGGAGGGGAGGAGAGAAGAGAAGCAGAAACGGAAAGAAGAGAAGGAGAAGAGGAAGGAGGAGGAGGGGAAGAGAAAGGAGGAGAAGAAGAGGAGGAAAGAAGCAGAGGAGGAGAAGGAGAGGGUAGAGGAGGAACUGAGACUUGUGAGGCAGCGAUUGGAGGAAAUAGAGGCUAAGGGUGGGAGGAUGGAGGGGGGAACCGUUGAGGUGAGAGGGUCUGCUAAUGCAGAGGACAGGAGGAGCGAUUCAGUAUAUAGAAGGAAUAGUGAGGGGGGGGACGGGAGCAGUUUAGCGGAUGACAGGAGCAUUGGGGCGGAUGGAAGGAGCAAUGGGUGUGAUGGUGAAAGCGAGUUAAGUGCGCGGUUGGCAACGCUUGAACUGCGAACCUGUAAAGCAGAGGGAGAGGCGGAGUGUUUGAGACGUGAGCUGGAAGAAGCAAAAGCCACGCUGGCUGAUACAAGUGGUAAGCUGGCAGUUUCGGAAGCAAGGCUGACAGACGCGCAGGCAUGCUUGGAUGAGGUCAGAGCAGAGAGAGUGAAGGAGGAGGGAAGCGGGGAGGAGGGUAGCAGAGAGGAGGCAGAGCAGAAGCUGAAAGAAGUAGAGCACAGGUUGAAAGAGGCAGAGCAGAGGUUAAGAGCGGUAGAAGCCGAGAGAGACGUGGCUGAGAGACAGAGGGAGGAGGCAGAAAGGCGAUGGGAGGAGGCGGAGAGGCGAUGGGAAGAAGCGGAGAAAGGGAGAGAGGUGGCGGAGGAGAGUGUGAAGGGCCUUGUGAGCCGACUGACAGCUGCAGAGGAGGCAGCAGGGAACUCCAACGGGGAGGAGAGCAGGGAGGAGAGGAGGGAGGAGAGGAGGGAGGAGAGGAGGGAGGAGAGCAGUGAGGCUUCUGAGCAGCUGAAGCAGCAAGGGGGGGAUGCAAGUCAAGCGAGACCAGAAGGAGAGGCGUGUGAUGAGUCUCAAAAGACCGAAGCGUUUCCUCUUAGCAAGACGGAUAUGGAGGUAGAGGUUGAGUUUCUUGAGGUUGAGGGGCCGCCAAAGACAGAAGCGCCACUUCCAAAGACGGAUAUGGAGGCCGAGCUUGAGUUUCUGCGCAACCUGAGAGAAGACCUGGAGCGUGAACUGGACUCUCUUCGAUACCAGCUAGACUUGAAAACACCUGCCCAGCCUGUUGCCGAACCUGCUUCCAAGCUUGUGUCUCCGCCUGGUUCCGAGCCUGGUGGUGCCGAGCCUGCUGUUGCUGAUGUGGAUACGACUGAAUCGAAGGAGGCUGGGAGUUGCCAGAGCAAGUGCGAACCUGGCAACAGCAACUGCUGCUGCACCUGCUGUAGCAGCUGUAGCUGCAGCUGUAGUUCCAAGGGCAAUGGCAGCAGCACUAACCACACAAACAACACCAGCAGCUGCAUCACUGGCAGCAGCAGGAGCAUCGCAGAAGCAGAAGCAGAGAUAGCGCAGCUGCAAGCUGUGAAAGCGGACCUAGAGCGGGAACUAGAAGACCUCUACCUAGAGGUUCAGCGGGAGCAGGAACUCUCAGCCGAAGCCAGUCUGUUGGCUGAGAAGGAGUGGGAGCGGCGCCAGGAGGCAGUGUCUAUGCUGUCGCAGCUUGAGAGGCAGCUGGCGGAGGCGUUUGGAGGGGGGGUGGCCGAAGGGGGGGUGGUGGUAGAUGCGGCUGGAAGGCCCAUGUCGCCCUUAGUGGGGAGUUUGAGUGGGUCGGGAGGGCGGGGAAGGGAAGGGAGUGGAGGGGUAGAAGGGUUGGGGAGGAAAGGUGGGGGAGGGAGCGUGGGACGGGUGUUUGCGUCGCCACUUGGCGAGUCUAGAUUGGAGGAUUCUGGUGGGAGGGAUAGCUGGCCGUAUUUAAGCGGUGAUGAGGUGGAGGAAGGAGCAAAUGUGGGAGAUGAGGGGGGAGAGAUGGGAGGAACGAGGAGGAUGUUGUUUGGAAUAGAGGAGCAUGGAGAGGAGGAGGAGAGUGCAGCAGCAUGGGAGGAAGAACGGGCUUCUGCCCUUGCCGCACCGGCCACAGCAGCAACUGUGGACCGGCUGUGCCUAGAGAGGGAAGAAGGGGCGGAGGAGGGAGAGCAGUGGAAGGAAGAGGAUGGGGAUCGGGUUGGAAAUGGGAGAGAAGAGGAGCACAAGCGCGUGGUGACGCGUGGAGUAGGAGAGAGGGAGCAAGGGGAGGAGGGGGAGGAAGGGGAGAGAGGAAAGAGGGAGGCGGGUGAGGGUGAGGGGGAGCAAGGGGGCGUGGAGCACUCUUGGCGGAUAGAUUGGCCCAGGUCACAGACGGACAGUAGAGUGGUUAUUGAAAACCGGGCAUAUUCAGAUGACCAUCCACAAGCACAUACACAGGACCAAGCCAGUGCACCUACCGAUGCCGCCCAUCCCACCUCAACCAAUCCCAACCGUCCGGAGCGAGUGAGCAGUGCGCCCAGCACCCGCCCCCUCCUGCGCAUCCGGCCGCCCCCUCGCACGCUCUCCAGAGCCACGUCCGAUUUAGUCACAUACGUGAGGGACGCCAAGACCGCCCUGCGACUGCCAUCCUCUCCUGGGGAAGACGAGUUCUUCAGCACCAAGUUACCCGAGCUGAGGAGGCGCAUGGGCAGUAUGCUCUCGCCUCUGCACUCCCCCCUGGGUGGGUUGAAAGGGGUGCAGCUGGAUGGCGGGGAAAAAGUUGAGGUGCCGGCGGUACCUGGUAAUGGUGUUGCUGGUGGGGGUGUGAGUGGGGGAGCUGGAGAUGGUUCGGGUGCUUCUGUUGCUUCAGGUGCGACGUCAGGUGAAGGCAACGCACCUGGAUCGCACCUGAAGUCACGCCUGGCCAGUGUGGCUGAGUGCAAUGGUGAUAAGCAUGAGGAGGAGAGGGGGGAGGAGGAGGAGGGGGAGAGUAAGGGGCUGGCGCAAUGGGGUGGAGAGGAGCAAGGGAAUGGAAGCGGGGCGUGCAGAAGCACCUUGGUUCCACCAGAUACAGCAGCAGCAGGAGCAGCAGCAGCAGAAGCGGAAGCAGAAGCACCACCGCUGGUGGAAGCUGAGAAACCAGCGCUUGAUCAUGGCCUUGCCACACCACGAACAGUUAUCAACGAUGACUCUGAAGGCUUCACUGCACCCACACAAGGCUUCACUGCACCCACAGAAGAUACGCCUGUUGAGCCGCCUCACACCACUCCACGCACGGCUCCAGACAUCACUGUUCCAAUGACUUACACUGCUUUCUCCUUCCCCGCCCCUGCCAGCCCUCACCCCGGCCACAUUGGCUCCUCUCUAGACAAGGCCUUUCGCCGUGCUGCCACCUACUCUGGCCGAGCCUUCCCUCAAGCCCAGUCUGCUUCCACUGCCCCCUUCCCCUCCUCCUACUCUGCCCUUGUGCGUUCCUACACGGGCCCUUCCUCUCCCACCACCAAUGGCAGCAGUGGCCCCUCACUGCUCACCACCUCUUCUUCCAAGGGUGGUACACUUGAAGAUUCCUCUGCCACUAGUAUUCUUCUUUCUCACACCAGCGUCCUUUCCUCCCCUAGCUCAGCCAGCACAGUGUCUUACUCAGGCCAAUCCUUUUCGUAUGCCAGUCAGAUAUCAACUGCACCAGGUGAAGCCCGGGAUAAACCCUUCAACAGAGCGGUUUCCUACACAGGGGGUUUCAACAGAGCAGACUCGCACUCAGGUGCUUUCAACAGAACGGGCUCUUACACAGGUGGUUUUGACAGAGCUGGUCCGGAUGCGGAACUGCUGACCCUAAGCAAACUUUCUGGGAGGGAGUUUGCAGCAGCAGAGGCAGCAACAGGGGGAAAAGACGGGGGGGAAAUCUUGGAAAUUUUUGGGGAAGGAGAGGAGGAUGAGUUAGUAGAUGUCGGGUUGGCUGAUGACGGCCGAAACUGGGCUGGCUCCAUGCACAGUAAGCAGCAGCUCUUAGCUAAGCACCAGAGUGAGUUCCUCCAUACCUUGCUGCAGAUGCUACAGCUGGCGGUGGUGAAAAGGGAAAGCGAGUCCGCAGCAGCGACUGCCGCCGCUACAGCUGCUGCUACAGCCGUCUCGGCUGCAGAGAGGGAGAAAGCGGAGUGGGAAGUGGAGCAGGUUAUAUCCGCAAUUUUCAAGGAAGUACAUAACGUAUUGCAUGUGAAUGGUGUUGGCAGGGCGAGGAGGAAAUUCAGAGGGGUGGCGAAGGAAGGGAAAGCGGCGGCCAUGGCUGCAGCAGCAGUUAGAGAAGAUCUCGAGCUUUUGGUCCGGGCAGUUGAAGCAAAGGCGCGGGCAGCAAUGAGAAAGAAUGUAGCAGGCCUGGUUCCCCCUGCACCAAGAAGACUCGUGAAGGAUGGUAGUGGUGGGAGCAAUGCUGGUGGUGGUGGUGUGAGUAGGGGGGGAAGAGGAGGAGAGAAGGGAGGGGGUGGGUGGGGGAGUAGCAGCAACGGCAUGUGGGGUAUCAGUCAGGGUCUUCAGUCCGCCGCUCUGGCUAUAGCUGGCUCUCCCUCACCCUCUGUUGCCAGCACACCCCCCGUUAGUAGAACGCCAUCGGGUGCAGAAGCACCUUCGGUUAUAGGCAUGCAUAAUCACACACUGGCUAUCUACCGGACUGCUUCAGCAGCCACUGACAUAUCCACUGAUGGUAACACUCCCGUCGCUGCUGCGGUUACCAUCGCCCGAACCUCAUCUGUACCCACGGAAACGUCCACUGCUGGUAACACGCCUGUAGCAAGAGCUGUAGGUGGCUCGUCUGCAACGGCUCAGAUGGGUAUGGCAAACGCCCUGACUAUCUACAGGACGCCGUCUAUGGCUGAGCUGUCCACUGCGGGUAACACUCCUGUUGCGCAUGCAGUCACCAUGGCAUUUGCCAGUGGGUUAAAUGCCUCAGGGCUCCUAGGGAUUGCUUCUGCAAGGCUAGCUGCUGCUGCUGCUGCUGCGCCUGGUACUUCGUCUACCACUGGCAACACGCCUGCUGCUUCCACUGCUGGUAACACGCCCAUCGCACAUGCCUUGGGUAGUCCGAACCAGUUUGCUGUUAGCCGCGGUUCGCACAUAGCGACAGAUGCGUCGACUGGUGGUAACACGCCUGUUGCACAGGUGGUUACCGCAAGCAGUGGUAACACUCCUACUGCACGACCUGUAACACUAAGGGGAGAAGAGAGGGCGGAGCGGGUAAGGGAGGCAGAGGAGGAGAAGGAGGGGGCAUGUAGAGAGGGGGAGCAAGGGGAGGAGAGAGGGGAAGAGAAGGAGAGGGAGGAGGUUUUGUAUGUGCGGGAAGUCGUAGCGGGUGACUUGGUGGUUCACCACCACGUGGACACCCUUGCUCGCCCCCUCACCCCUGCGAGCUCGAAUGCCUUCGAGCUGGCUCGAGAAUCGCCCAGUGUGCUGGCAGUUGUGAGUAGGGAGGAGAGGGCACAGGCCAGGACACAGGAGCAAUUGGUGGGCAAGCUGGGAUAUGAAGGGCGGGAGAGACAGAGACGUGAGCCGACAGCACUCGAGCCUGUGAGGCACGAUCCGUGGAGAGACCAAAGCCUGGAGGGUUACUACCAGCCCUUAGUUUCUCGCCCCUUUGCUGCUGCUCGGCCCAUGACCGCCCAGCCUUCAGGCAGGCAGCAUCGGCACAUAUCGGGGGGCCAUCAGCAGCAUCAGCAGCAGUGGCAGGGGCGACAGCAGAAGCACGAGGAUGGGGGUGUGGGAAGGGAUGGGCGUGAUGUUAGUAGCACCGGCACCGGCACCGGCACCGGCACCGGCACCGGCACCGGCACCGGCACCGGCACCGGCACCGGCACCAGCACCGGCACCGGCACGAGCAGCACCGUUGGCAGCAGGGGGUAUGGACAGCAGGCGGAGCGAUGGGGCCUGUGGACGUCGAGAGCCAGUGGGACAGAACCUGCUUCUGAGGCGUCUCAAAGGGAGCCUGCUUUUGAGGCGCCUCAAAAGCAAUACGGGCAGCAGACGGAGCGAUGGGGCCUCUGGACGUCGAGAGCCAGUGGGGCGGAGCGGCACACCUCUUUCCGGCGUAACGGGGCUGCUGGUAGGGAGGCCACAGGUGCUGGCCCCAGCGGUGGCAGGGGUGCUAGUGGUAUGGCUGCUGGCAGUGCUGGCAGUGGGAGACCUAGUGCACUGCUGUACAGACCAGGGAGCUCGAAGGGCGGAGCGGGAGGGAGAGGAGGAAGAGGAAGGGGAGGAGGGGGUGGAGGACUGGCUGAUAGACGGGUGGAGGAGCACAGCACAGGAUGUGAACGCCUUGGAAGAGGGACCGACCAAGCUGUUAUGAACCAAGACUCUGCCAUACCUGACCAAGUGGCUCCAGAUGGGAACGAGCCUGGUGGUUUGGCUCGGGAACAGGACGUUCGGCAAGGCAGUGUAAUGCAGACUCUGCUUUCCGAAGCUGCUGCUGUCAGAAACACUGUCACAUCCUGGGCGGCAGCUACUGUAGCAGCACAUAGCACUGUAGCAGACACUGGUACUGUAGCAGACCGUUACACUGUAGCACCAAGAAAGGAUACUGUAACGCUGCCACGGAGGCCAGCCACAGCCGCAGCGGGCGGCAGAGUUCGUCCUGUCAGUGGUUCGCAGAUGAGAGGGAGUGGAGAGGGAUUAGUGAGGCAGGAUGGAGGGCAGGAGGCGAGCGACCUUGGGCAGAGAUGGGUGGAGGACGGGCAGAGAAGAGCGGUGAUGAGAAUGUGUGGACUUAGCCACCGGAAUCGGCAGCAGCAGCAGGGGGCGAAUCAGAAAGCAGCCCCUGCAGCGGCUCCCUCGUCCUCUUCUGCCUCUCCUGGACUUUUUGCGAGUCUCCUGCCCAAGUCAGCAUCUGUGAAUCACGUGCGGCGGGCCAGCAUUCAGAUAUUUGAUUCCCUCACUCACCUCACUUUUGGCCCGUCUGCCGCUGUAGCCGCUGCUACAACUGCUGCCACAGCUGCUGUUUCAACUGCUGCUUCAACUGCAGUUGCAGCAGCAGCCACGGCAGUUACGGCGGCUGCUGCUGCUGCUGCUGCGAACGUCGCAGCCGCAGAAAGUGACACAGCUGAGUUUUUACACUCCCCGUUGCUUAGCCCGUCCAAGGUUGUAGCAGCUGUGGCAAGUGCUGCUACAGGCCUGGCGGCAGCUACAGGUGUUGGCACUGGUGCUGGUGCUGGUGCUGGUGCUGCUCUAGGCAGGUAUGGGACUGUUGCUUCCCCUACGCAUCGCAGCAUACUGCCAGUGGGAAGCUUUGAUGAGGCAGAGUCAGGAGCGGCUUUGGCGGCAGAAUGGCUAGCAGAUAAGAUGGAUAGAUUGACAGGGGCGGGGCAGAGGAAGGGAGAGGAGGAGAGGAGGGCGGUGAUGGAGUGGACUAAGGAGCUCGAGGAGGAAGGGGAGGAGGAGGAGAGGGAGUGGAGGGAGAGAGAAAGGGAGAGGAGGGAGGAAGAGAGGAGGGAGAGGGAUAGAGAGGAGGAGAGGAGGAGGAGGGUGGAGGAGGUGAGGAGGAAGAUUGAGGCUGCUAGUGAGGAGAGGAGGAGGAGGGAGGAGCGGGAGCAAGGAAGGGAGAAGAAAGAAAGGGCUGCAGGCGAGCAGAGAGGUGCUGCUCGUGAACGGAUGGAAGGAGGAAAGAGUCCUGAAAAGCCUGCAGGCGAGCAGAGAGGUGCUGCUGGUGGGGGGAAUGAUGGGGGUGAGAUUUGGGAAAAGGCUGCAGGGGAGCAGAGAGGUGCUGCUGCUUGUGAAAGGAUUGAAGGAGGCGAGAGUUGUGAAAAGCCUGCUACAGGGAUCUUAGUGGAGAGAGAAAUUGAGUCAACUUUGGGGAGGCCUGGCGUGCAGGGGGGAAUGGUGACGGUGAAGGGAGGUCUGAUGAAAGGGGAGGCGAGGGAGAGUGCGAGCUCGAGUGAACUGGUUUUUGAUAAUUCCCAGAAACCAACUGGUGUGCUGGAGGUGAUGGAGGGAGGCUUGGCGAAAUGGGAAGCGAGGGAGAGUGAGAGCUCAAGUGAGGGAGAAGAAGGGUGGAGUGAUAUGGAGGAGGAGGAAGAGGAGGGUGAGGAGGAUGACGAAGAAUCAUGGAGCGAUGAUGACAGUAGUGAUGAUGCUAAUGACGAGGAUGUGGAUGCUGGUACUGAUAACGAGGAGGCAGGGAAGGAGGAGAAGGAGGAGGGACUAGAGGGGGUUGAGCAUGAAGCUGCGGAGAGAGAGGGUGACACACCUGAUAGUCUGCCAGAGGGGGGUGGAGGGGGGACGGAGAAAAUGGAAGUAGAGGGGGUUGAGCAUGAAGCCGCGGAGAGAGAGGACGCCACACAUGACAGUAUUCUGCCAGUAGUUGAGGGAGGGGGGAAGGUGGAUGAGGGGGUUGAGCACGUGGAGGUGGAGAGAGAGGUCUACGCACUUGAUAGUCUGCCAGCAGGAGAGGGAGGGGGGAAGGGUAAGGAGGGAGUAGAGGGGGUUGAGCACGUUGUGAUACCGAGAGUGGAUGACACACGUGAUAAUAAUCUGCCAGCAGUGGGUAAGGUGGAUGAGGGCGUUGAGAAAGCGGUGGUGGAGAGAGAGGGUGGCACAACUGGUAGUUUGCCAGAAGGGCAGGGAGGGGGGAAGGAUAAGGAGGAAGUAGAGGGGGUUGAUGAGCGUGUGGUGGCGGAGAGAGAGGGUGGAACAACUGGUGGUCUGCCAGAGGGGGAGAGAGGGGGGAUGGAAGGAGGUACAGGGGGCAGAGGGGUUUUUGAGGCGACUGCUGAGUCUGCCAGAAGGAGAAUCGCUGAGGAUGGUACCUGUGAGGGAGAAGGAGAUCAGAGUUCUGCCCGUGUGAAUCGUGACGAGGUUGCUGGGUCACAAGCAAGGGUUGGUGGUCUUGAUGGUGAUGGUAAUACUGUGCUAAGUCGAAAUGGUGGUGAUGGUGAUGGUGGUGAUGGUGGUGAUGGUGGUGAUGGUGGUGAUGGUGAUGGUGGUGUUGAUGACAUAUGGAGUGAUGUCGACGACAUUGACGAUGAGAGUGAUAUAGGCACUGAGGAGGAGGGAGAGAAAGAGGAGGGAGAGGCGGAAGCAGAUGGAGAUGGGGUGAAGGAGAGAGGAAGAGAAUCCACGGGAGUGGAGGGUCCUGCCGGGGAAGAGGGGGGGGCAUUGGAAGCAGCUGGAGAAGCACCAUCAGAUGCAUUUCUUCUCAUGUCUUGUAGCAUGGAAGGCCCUCCCUUGGCAGAGGCACAGGCUGGAAGCGAUGUGGAGGAAGGAAAAGGGCAAGAGGAGGCGAAGGGGAAGGUGGGGAGGGAUGAGGAGGAGUGGAGUGGGAUAGAUGAGGAUGAUGAGGAGAGGGAUGAUUUUGACUCUGAUGAUAGCCUGGGGAGUGAAGGGGAGGGGAAGGAGGAGGAGGACGGGAGUAGUGAAGAAGACGGAGAGAGCGAGAUGAGUAAUGAGGUGGAUAGUGAGAGUGGGAGUGAGAGUGGGAGUGCGAGUGGGAGUGGAAAGGAGGGAGGGAGUGCCAGUGGUUCGGGGGAGAGCUCACUAGACAUGAGCAGUGUUGGUACCGCGGAACUGACAGAAGAGAGUGAAAUGGACGAAAGUGAGGAGCGAGAAAGUGAGAAGAGAGAGAGUGAUGGGGGAGAGAGUAAGACGCAACAGGAGCAAGAGGGCGAGGAGGGGGAGUGGAGCGAGCAGGAUGACGUCAGCAAUGAUAGCAUCGAGAUGGGCAGGGCCAAUGGAGGAGGGGAAGAGGGGGAUGGUGUUAGCGAGGAUGGUAUGAGGAUUGGCACAACCAGCGAUGGAGGAGGAGAGCGGGAUGACCCCAGGGAUGGUGCUAUUACUGUUGUUAGCACAGCCGACAUAGGAGGAGGAGAGGGGGGUGGUGUCAGUGAGGAUGGUACCAGGACUAGCACAGCCAACGAAGGAGGGGGAGAGCAGGAUGAUCCCAGGGGUGAUGAUGUCAGUGUUGUUGGCACAGCCAAAGAAGGAGGCGGAGUGGUGAAUGGUGUCAGCGAUGACGGUGGUGCCUCCCCCAGAACAGCUGUGCCAGAGCCUGCAGCUGACAUGGCAGAUCGGGUCGCUGAUGUGGCAGAUCCGGUUGCUGAUGUGGCUGAAGCGACUGCUGUUGAUGCAAUAGCUGUUGUGGCUGUGGCUGGUAACGGUUCUGAGGAAGGUGGUGGAGAUGGAGAUGGCAUGGGAACAGAGACCAUAGCAGUGGGGGAAAGGGAUAAGGGAUUGGGAAUUGAGAGAUCAGCGGAGGGCUGUGAAGGGGAACGCCUGAAUGAGUGUUUGAGAGAGGAGGACGCAAGAGAGGAUGUGGAUGAGGGAAUUCUGGUCCUGCAGGAGGGGGAGGAAGUGGGUGCGGGUAAGAGUGUGGCGCAGCGGGAGGAAGGGGGAGAAAAGGGGAGGAGGAGAGAGGGGGAUGCAGGAGAGGAUGCGGAUGAGGGAAUCAUGGUCCUACCUGCAGCAGGAGGAAGAAGUUGGUGAGGGUAUGAGUGCGGUGAAGCGGGAGGAAAAGGAAGCGAUGAGGACGAGGAGGAGAGAGGGGGAUGCGGGAGAGGGUGUGGAUGAGGGAGCUAUGGUCCUGCAGCAGGAGGAAGAUGUGGGUGAGGGUAAGAGUGUGGCGAAGGGGGAGGAAGGGGGGAGCGAGGGGGAUGAGGAGCAUGGCCUUCAAGAUGUGUAGAUGGAGGAGCAUGACUCAUGAGGGGCCACGAGGUUGAAGCGGAAAUGAGUCUGCAGGAAAUCUGCACACAAAUCAUUCAUGUUACAGUGAAUCACUUCCAAGACAAAAUCCAGCUUAUGGUACGGUACCUUUCUUCUGUGAAUGCUUUUCCUUACUGGGCAUCAUGAACCCUGGGUAGAACGUAGACAGAAGCGAGGCUAUUCAUUAUGAGCAAAUGUAUUGUAGGUGUAGAAAGCAGCAGCACAUGCUGUCCCAACUAGAGGAGCCUACACUUCCAGCAGUGACUGCUUGGUGGUACUCCUGCUGGCCUUGUUAUUGUCAUUGUUUAUUUGAAGGGCAAUCCCUGUAGUGCUUAUAAGACGG